GCAGAUGCAGAUGCAUGUAUGUUGAUCACAACUCACAUUUCACAAACAUAUAUAUGCGCACACAUUAGCAGAAUUAUAGCAGAAUUAUAGCAGAAUACUAAAAUGUAUGUAUAGACUAUAGACUAUAGAGGUGGAGUGAGAUGGAGGAAUUCCUGAAGAGAUGCGAGAGCGUGAGAGUCAAGUGUAGAGUAGCGAAGGAGGAAGACAUGCUGUUGAAGAGGAAGCUCCAAAAUGACAGCUGCGAAUCGGUGUCUCCGUCGUGUUGCUCUAACUCUAAGCAUGAGGACUCAAGCGACGGCGUUGAGAUGAGUCCGAGAUCAUCAGAUCUGGAGAAUGCUGGUUCUGAAAUUUCCACUUCCACCGAUCGUGUUUUAAGUAGAGAGCAUAUUUUGUUGCAGCUACCGUCGCCCAACAAAGAAUCAUCGAUGCCUUCGGCGGCGGAGCUGGAGAGGUUCUUCGCGGCGGCAGAAAAGUAUGAGCAGAAACGAUUCGCUCAAAAGUACAACUAUGAUAUUGUAAAGGACGUUCCAUUGGAAGGCAGGUAUCAUUGGGUUCGUUUACUUCCUUAAAUGAAACCAGAAACAAUGCAUUUUUUUCAGAUUUUUUCCAAUGCUUUUAUUUUUGUUGGUGGGUUAGAUUCUUGAUUUGAUUGGCAUUCAACAUUUGAUUUGAAGGAUAUGUAUAGCAAUUUCCCAGAUUCAUGUAAAGAAGCUAGAGUUCUUUUAAUGCAAAAUCAAGCUUUUCAUUUCCCUUUUUUUUCAAAUUUGGGACGCGCGAUUUCUUUUGUCAGAGUUUGAUGAUAUUGAUGUGUAUCAAAUUGGUGUUGUUAUCUUGCAUUUGAGAUUGAAAAGGGAGUUUCUGUUUGUGUAUAUUUUGGAUGGUUUCUUGUUUGGUGUGUGAAGUUGCUUUGUAUCCAUUAUUUGUCAAUGUGGAUCACCCACCCACAUGUGUGUGUCUACACCUAUACAUACAGAUACAGGUUGUUGGUGUAUGUAUAAAGUGGGCCAUGUGAAAUGGUUUUGGAGUUUGAUUGAAAGGUUUGUCUUUUAGCA